GUGCAGCUGUGCCACUGCCUCACCGCGAUGUGCGGACAUACAAGCUGAUUUGCAGCAGCCUGGCAGGCACAAGUUGAGCAGCGUGUACGCAGAAUUACGGCAGAAGAGAACGAGGGGAAUGUGAGCAGCACUUCCUAUUUUAGGGGCUCUGUCGGAACGAAGACCCGGUUCCUGAGGCACGCCGUACUCCGCCCGCCCUCCAUAGACCCGGCCCGCUGCGUAACGUCAGCACGCAGGAGGACGGCGGCUGUUGCUGAUGGCGUCAUCACGGCGGCUGACGUUACGGCGGCGCCGGGUUGAGAAGGUUGGAGGCCCGCUCGUCGUCGAGGCUGGAAUAUGGUACAGUUGCUACUAUGCAGCUGGAUGUUGCUGACUGAUGUUUCUAUGAGCUUGCUGUUCCACCUGUCAGUUGUUCAGAAUGGCAAAAAACCCUAAUUUUCAGGAAGUUGGUCACCUGCCCACAGGCUACGUCCAUUGUAGACCUUCAGAGAGCUUUACUGGCUAUCAAUAUCACCAUCCUUCCAAGAUGAGUAACAGCCAUCCGCUUCGUCCUUACACAGCUGUUGGUGAGAUUGACCAUGUUCACAUUCUGUCAGAGCAUAUUGGUGCUCUGAUGAAUGGGGAAGAAUACAGUGAUGUUACCUUCAUCGUGGAAAAGAAACGUUUUCCAGCACACAGAGUGAUCCUGGCUGCGAGGUGCCAUUAUUUCAGAGCAUUACUGUAUGGUGGAAUGAGAGAAUCUCAGCCUGAAGCAGAAAUUCCUCUUCAGGACACAACUGCAGAAGCUUUUACCAUGCUGAUGAAAUAUAUUUACACUGGUCGUGCCACACUACGAGAUGAGAAGGAGGAGGUCCUCCUAGACUUCCUAAGCCUGGCACAUAAGUAUGGAUUUCCAGAACUGGAGGAUUCCACAUCUGAUUAUCUUUGCACCAUACUUAAUAUUCAGAAUGUUUGUAUGACAUUUGACGUUGCCAGUCUUUAUUCCCUUCCCAAAUUAACUUGUAUGUGCUGUAUGUUCAUGGAUAGAAAUGCUCAGGAGGUACUCUCCAGUGAAGGCUUCUUGUCACUUUCUAAGGCUGCUCUUCUAAGUAUCGUACUGAGGGACUCUUUUGCAGCUCCUGAGAAGGACAUUUUUCAAGCCUUGAUGAAUUGGUGUAAACAUAACCCUAAGGAAAACCACGCUGAAAUCAUGCAAGCAGUGCGUUUGCCACUAAUGAGUCUAACAGAACUGCUGAAUGUUGUAAGACCUUCCGGGUUGUUGUCACCUGAUGCCAUCCUAGACGCCAUUAAGAUUCGUUCUGAGAGUCGGGACAUGGAUCUCAACUACAGGGGCAUGUUAAUACCAGGGGAAAAUAUUGCAACAAUGAAGUAUGGAGCCCAGGUUGUAAAAGGGGAACUCAAGUCUGCUUUAUUAGAUGGGGAUACUCAAAACUAUGACUUGGAUCAUGGCUUCUCUCGACACCCAAUUGAUGAUGACUGCCGUUCUGGUAUCGAAAUCAAACUAGGCCAACCAUCAAUAAUCAACCACAUACGAAUUCUCCUUUGGGACAGAGACAGUAGGUCUUACUCCUACUACAUUGAGGUGUCUAUGGAUGAAUUAGACUGGAUUCGAGUUAUUGAUCACUCUAAAUACCUCUGUCGGUCCUGGCAGAACCUGUAUUUUCCUGCCCGAGUUUGCAGGUACAUUCGCAUCGUUGGAACCCACAACACAGUGAACAAAGUUUUCCAUAUUGUGGCAUUUGAAUGCAUGUUUACCAACAAAACCUUUGCUCUGGAGAAGGGUCUGAUAGUUCCUGCUGAAAACGUUGCAACAAUUGCAGAUUGUGCCAGUGUGAUUGAGGGUGUCAGUAGAAGUCGCAAUGCCUUGUUGAAUGGAGACACAAAAAACUAUGAUUGGGAUUCUGGGUACACGUGCCAUCAGCUUGGGAGUGGAGCUAUUGUAGUACAACUAGCACAGCCCUACAUGAUUGGCUCUAUACGGUUACUGCUUUGGGACUGUGAUGAUCGAAGCUACAGCUACUACAUAGAGGUCUCAACAAAUCAGCAGCAAUGGACCAUGGUGGCUGAUCGCACAAAAAUUUCCUGCAAGUCCUGGCAAACAAUCACUUUUGAUAAACAGCCUGCAUCUUUUAUCAGAAUAGUUGGAACUCAGAACACAGCUAAUGAGGUGUUUCACUGUGUGCAUUUUGAAUGCCCUGCACAAAGUGGUACCCACAAGGAUGAGGGUUGUAAGGAAGUAGCAACGACAGAGUUGGGGACUGGUGAACAACAGCUUGUUUCUCGUCCUGUUCGAGCUGCAAGCGCUAGUUCUUUGCAUUCCUCUCCUGGAUCCACCUUGCGUUCGCAUCCUCACCAACCAUAAAGGAGAUUGAAAGGGAGCUUUUGCUGCCCCACUGACAUUAUAUAAAAUUAUUCAGAACCUUCUUGUGCUGGCACCUUUUCUUUCUUCUUCACUGUGAAGAAAGGGGACCAUGUCUUGAAAUGCUGAAAUGGCAAAGGCUUUUCCCAAGGACAUGAAGAGACUGCUUCACUCUUCUCAAUUUGUUCAAAUUAGGCUGGUCUCCAAAGGGGGAGAAAAUAGGUCUUCAAUCUUCAUCAAGUACCCCAUUAACACCCUACCUCUCUAAUCUAACCAAGGCAAGGAGAACAGAAGAAAAUAAAAGGCAGAGCUACAAUGAAAAUCUAAGAUGACUUGAGCAGAAUGGAAGGCAUAUGAAAUAACUAUUUGUUCCCUGAAGGCUUCCAUUAGCGAAGAAAAUGUUUAUGGAACACAUCAGUACAGAAUAUGUGUUAUUUUUGAAAGUUAUUCUUCAUUCAUAUUCCUUUGUAACUAGUAAUCUCUUUUAAAAAUUGUUUUAACUCUGCAUCCUGCUUUCUCUCUUAUUUUUGGCUGCAGCAAAUGCUGUGCAGUAGAUUAAGGAAAUAUCAAACAUGUUUACCUGCUGAGAUGCAAAUUCCCUCAUUCAUCAGUGGGAUGUCAAGAAAAGCCUUUAUGAUAUCAACAAACUAAUUAAUGGAUGCUGUAUUAAUCUUGACCCGAGUUGGCUUAUUUGAAGCACAGAAUUGUCAUUUCUUAUAGUCAAAAGGAAAAUUUUGAAAUCAAACUUCUAUCUUGAGAAAAGCUUAUUUUUCACUCAUGAAGGUGAUAACUUAAAUUUUACUCAUAUUUCUAAGACAACUUGCAACAGAUCAUCAAAAAUUUUUUGUCUAGAAAGUGAAAAUUCAUCUGGUCACUGACAAGCAGUUGUUCAGAAUACAAAAGAAAGAAUAUACAGAAAGCUAUUUUUAUCCAAGAAAUUAUGCUUUACAGCCUGGAUCUAAAAAAUUAAGGGUCACACAAACUUUCUCAGUCUUCAUAGUGUUAUGCAUUUACACUGUAUUGUAAGGGAUCUGGCUCUCGUUUUACAUCACAGAAUUAAUUAUCCAUCAUGUCUGGAUUAAAUUGCUUAUUACUUCACUUACUCUAUGUAUUUACACAUUAAUGAGAAUGCAACCUUUUGCUUUCCAGAUCCAGAUGACUUAGGAAGAGCUCCUUGCUGGUCUUUCAGUAUGUGAAGAAGUGUUUUUGUAUUAUGACAAACACUGAUGUAAUUGGCAAAAUUGAUUAGGAGGAUUGUUAUUCCUCUCAAAGCAUAUGCUGGAAAUGUCAGCCAUCCAGUUUUAUGAACAUGGAAUUUCCUGUGGUGACAAAUAGCCUUGUCAGAAGAAAACAAAACUAGUAUAGGAUAAAUAUGGUUUUCCUUUGCAUUACCAUAGUGAUAAAAUGAGCUACAUAUCAAUAUAGCAAAUAGAAUGCUAAUUUAUCACAAUACGUAAUUUGAAAGAAUUUCCCUGCUGUGUGCUGGUUGUGCUUAAAACUGGAAGAAAUACAACAAAUGGAAGCAAUGAAUCAGUAGAAACUUCAUAGGAGAAAUGCUUUCUCUUUGUUGUUUCCAAUAAAAUUCACCAAGCUUCAUCAAGAAUAUUACAGUAUUUUUCAUUGCCAAAUUACUUCUGAGUACUGACAUUUGCAUGCUGUCCCAUCCCUUCUCACUGUUGUCAUCUGUCUUGUGAUGUCUGUCAGUGAAGAUGCAUGCAACUUCAUUAUCUAUCAUUUUUAAUACAUGCCAUGGCUGCCUCGUGCAGCCUUGAGUUUGGAGGCAGGAUCUUGCUUAUGAGCCAGCGCCCAGUCUUGGUUGCCAAUUAUCUUAUGGCUUAGAAGCCUUUGGAGCAUGAAAGAAUUGAGACUAGCUACUGGGGAUGCAAUUGUUUUGUGUAAGUAUAGGUCCAAAAAGUUGGAUUUUUUUUUUUUCUUUGAAAAGUGAAAACAAAAAGAUCUAUUCUAGUUGUAGUCUAUGCCAGAACUUACUGAGAUGAAUGGAGCAUGUCUUGUCUUUGAUAGUUAAGACCUUUCGUGUCAGUGAUGAUAUUUCUCUGCAGUUUGAUCAAACAAAUGUACUUUUUCAAGUUGUGGACAUGCAAGGGGUGUAACCUAGCUGUUAGUCACUGUUAUAGAAAAUAUUUAAUUUAAAAAAAAGAAAAAAAGAACAAGAACAAGAAGUUUGUGCCAGAUGUUCUGAGUUUAGGUGCUCAGAGAAAGAACAGGAUUUUCAGUUUGUAAUCUUUGAUGUGCACAAUUAAUUUUUUGGAUACUAAUAAGCCUUACAGACCAUAUGCAAUUGCAGAUUCUUUUUGAACUUGCUCUAUGACUCACUGUUGAAGAAAAAGGUCUAUUUAUUUCCCAUGACAUUAGUGCUCUGCCAAGAAUCUGAAUGAAAAGAUAAGAGAGAAUCUCAAAGCAAAAAGAAUCAGGUUCUAUAGAAAUUCCAAUUCCCACCCCCCCCC